UUAAUGCCAGGAAGUUCUUUAUCAAACCUCACUGACUUGACUGGUGCAUCUUUGGCGUUCAUUUCGAGCGUAUUUCUGGCCAUGAGAAACGUAUGUUUUAAAACACUGGAGUCCAAGUCUGCAGAGUUUACGCUAAGAUCCUUCAAGCACUUGAGAGCUGGCUCUGUAGCUAUGGCAACUCUUGCCAUCCUGUUGUUCGCCUUGCUGACGUUCAGAGUAGUUCCCCAUGAGGUCGCUGCCGGUUUUAUUCUGUUAUCAACAUCUUCCGUCUUUCACGUUAUCUACACGUAUUUUUCCACAAAUAUUGUAUUGAAGGUAAAUCUUGAGUUUUGAAUAAGGUUUAGUUAAUGAGCAACUGCCACAUAUAAAACGAUAAUAAUUAUUAUCAUUAUCAUUUCCAUUGUUAUUAUUAUCAUCCUUAUUAUUGUACAUCCUAAGAUAUGACUUAACCUUGUCGUAUAUUGAUAAAGGUAAUAUCAUACGUUAAGACGCACUCUGGGCCAGUUUUAAGCCAAUUUUUUUUUUUUUUUUGGGGGGGGGGAUCAAAGGGCCGCAAAGCUAUUAGGAGUUUCACUGUCUGUGAAAAGCUCUCGGCGAUAUACGAGUCUCUUAAGUCUUGGUCCGGCGCGCAAGGAACCGACCCACGUUGUAUGUAGAUACUGCCCUCUUAACCCUUUGAGCUCGCUUUAAUCUGAAUUUACCCCUGCCAGGUGCUGGACAUCGUGAACCAUUCGCUCGCCAACAUAACCAAACGCCUGCUGGUCGUGGUUCUCCUCUACUGUACCGGGCGACGUCACGCUGACGUCAUCAAUAUGUGCGGACUGCUCCUGUGUUCGUUUGGAUUGUGGGUG